AUGAGAAUUCGAAAAGAUCAAGUAUUAGAACAAGUUAAAUCUGAUUUUUCACAUCUUCGACCGCUUUCAGCACGUCGUAACUCCAAAUUUACGAAAAGAGAUAAAGAUAAUCCCUUUAAUAUCCCGGACGUUACCGACGUUUUUGCAGAGCAAGAUAAAAUUGUUCAAGAACGUCAAGAAAGGAUCAAAGGAGCUCAGAAGUUAACACUUAAACAAAGACAAAUGCUUCCUUCACAGGUAACAUCACAAAGAUCAAUUUGA